AAUUUUUAUCGGACAUAGCCUUGAAAUACUGGCGCAUUUUUAGGACUUUCGCGCUCUAAUAUGAGUAUUGUGACUAUUUCAACAUAUUCGACAUUUUUUUUUCUUAUUUUUGAUAUCAUAUACUGAAAGAGCUCGAAACACUGCAUCAAAUUAUAUAAACCAUUCAUUGGAUAAAGAUUUUUAUAUUCUGUUAUAUGAAACCAAGAGGAGACAUAACAUGGUCCUCUGUUAGUUUUUCCACCAUUUCAUCCCAAAAUCAUCUGAUUAUUCGACGUUAAACAAGUUUCUUUAUGUGAUUUAGAUUGGAAAAGCAAUUUCACACAUCAAGAAGUAUAUUUUAGACGUUCUAAAAGCGUUAUCUUGUCGUCUGAGGACGAUAUCUGCAAAUGAGGCUCUACCAACAUCCUACAAUAAAUCAGUCUCUUAUCUUCUAAAAGUUCAGUUUUUUCGAAUUUCAACCAAAGAUUCGGAAUCAGCGCCUAAUGAUGCUAAAUUCAAUACAAUUCGGAAAAAAAGAAUUUUUUUCGAUGGUUCUGAGGUCCCCCACCAAGUGCCAAAGGACUCGUGAAAAAUGAAAAGCAGUUUUUUUCAUAAAAAAAAUACGUCAUUUUACUCAGAAUUUAAUGCUGAUUCCAAAUAUGUAAUUCUUUUCGAAAAGUAUUGGGAUCGAAAAAUGGUCUUAACGCCACUUGUCCUUUGUUUUAAAUUCGAUAUCCUAUGCAAAAAUCUACAUCGAGAAAAAUAUAUUUCAACAAGAGUUUCUCAAAUGUAGUGUUUCAUGGAAAUAUCUGUACGAUUACAAUCAGAAUUAACGCAAUAUGAUAAACCAUAAUGGUAAUUCUCCUGAGGAGCAACUAUUUUUGUUAACUGGGUUCGAAUUCAAAACUUUUGAAUCUGAUGGACAUUAUUUCAAUACUCUGCCUAUGAUAACAAUGAGACAAUAUUUAAAAUAGAAUUGUUCUCAGCAGUGUAUUAUGUAUAAUGCUAACAUAUUUUCUUAAUUGAAUCUAUUCUAGGUAGUUUCAAUAGACUUUUGGAUGUUGACAAAGAACUUUUUCUUUGGUCUGUUAUAACAGGAAAACUUGAAUUUAAUUUACUAUUUUGGUCUCGUUGUAAAAAUAAAAUCUGUGCUGCAUUAAUAGCUACAUUAAUUUAUAGAAAACGAGCGGAAAAAGAACUAGAUACUAAUUAUGAACAAAGAGCUAAUGAUUUCGAAGCAUUAGCUGUACAAAUUCUUAAUCGAUUUUAUCAAAUAGAUCCUCGUACAUGUAUAGAGGCAAUUAUACGACGAAUACCAGCCUAUGGUAAUGUUACAUGGUUAGAAUUAGCUGCUAAAGCUGAAGCUAAACAAUUUUUUGCUCAACAAGCAGUACAAGAUGUACUCAAUGAUAUUUGAACAACGAAUGGUGCUCAACAGCCAUUAACCGCUAAUAUUGCAAAUGCAGAUAAUAAUACUCUUGAUGGAAACGUCGUUGUUGGCAGUCGUAAAAAACCAACAAUUGAUUCUGAAAAACAAGAUGAUGAUGAAAGUUCAUCGAUAAAAGAUAGUAAAUCUACAAAUAAUAUAACAAUUCCAUAUGGAUUUCAAAAACGUAAUCAACCAGCUAUUCUAGAAUAUAUACUUUUGAUUUGGGUUACAACAUUAUUUUGUGAAGAAAUGCGACAACUCUGUUCAUUGGAAGCACGAACAACUCGCUGUGUCAUAGUAAAAUAUUUCAAAGAUUUUUGGAACGAAUUAGAUGUUCUAGCUAUCAUACUUUUUUAUGUUGGGUUUAUACUUCGAUAUCUGCCAGCAACAGAAUGUUUUUGUGCAGCACGCAUCAUUUGGUCAAUAGAUUUAUCAAUUUGGUAUAUACGUUCAUUAGAGAUAUUUGCAGCUUUUCAACGACUCGGUCCUAAACUUGUUAUGAUUCAUGAAAUGAUAAAUGAUUUGAAACAUUAUAUGGUUUUGUUGAUUGUGUUCAUUUUUGGAUUUGGUGUAUCAUCUCAUAGUCUUAUUUAUGGUACAAAAGAAUUUACUUGGCAUUUACCACGUGAAAUUCUACAUCUGUCCUUUUGGCAAAUAUUUGGUGAAAUUGAUAUAUUAAGUAAAUUUGAAAACAAUUUUCAUGCAACUGGUUAUGCCGUAUUUCUUAUACUUGUUGCAUAUAUGGCUAUUGUUAGUAUACUUUUGAUUAAUCUACUUAUUGCAAUGUUCAGUAAUACUUUCGAUCGUCUUCAAAUUGAUACAGAUCGAAUAUGGAAAUUUCAACGAUAUUCAUUAAUAUGUGAAUAUUUAUCUCGACCAUCAAUACCACCUCCAUUUAUUUUUCUUUCUCAUCUUUGGCGACUGAUAUUAAAAAUUUUAAAACAAUAUAGCAAAUCACCAUGGAUUAAAAAAAUAUAUGAUGCACAUUUAGAACGAACACAAUAUGCAAUUAAUAUCGAUUUCAAAAUAAAAGAAGGUUCUAAUGAAGAAAAAUUGGCUAGAAAAAUUGAAAAAGUUGAAGAUGCACUUGGUGAUGAAGUUUAUUAUAAUUGUUUGGGGAAUGCUAGAAAAUUCAAUGAAGAACAUGACUUUGAUGAAGAACGAGUUCACACACCACUAGAUUCAAUGUGCAAGAAAAUGCAAAUUCUCGAGAGUCAAGUGAAAAUGAUUCGUGAUCAAGUAACAAUGGCUCGUAAUCAACAAGAUCAGGUAUUAGAAUAUCUUCAUUGUUUAAUGAAUGGUAUGAAAAUGAUAGGUGGUGAACGUAUUACAGGACCUGAACUACGUCCUUCUGAGUCAGAAGAAUCAAUUGAUGAAACAACGAAUCAUAGUGAUCAAUCAAGACAAUCUCCUCAACAAGAAUCAAUAAUAGCGGAUAUUCAUUGUUCAUCAAGCACUUGUGAAUUUACAGAAACUUCAUCGACGAAUUUCUUGCGAUCUUUGAAAGAGUAA